AUGACGAAGGACGCAGGGGUGGCGGAGCACGGGUCAUUCACGGCCAAGGACUAUCACGAUCCACCGCCGGCGCCGCUCAUCGACGCGAAGGAGCUGACAAAGUGGUCAUUUUACAGAGCUUUAAUAGCUGAGUUUGUAGCCACCUUGCUAUUUCUUUACAUUACAGUUUUAACUGUAAUUGGGUACAAGAGCCAGAUUGAUACUGACUUGAACGGCGACCAGUGUGGUGGGGUGGGAAUUCUUGGUAUUGCAUGGGCCUUUGGUGGCAUGAUCUUCAUUCUUGUCUACUGCACUGCUGGAAUUUCUGGGGGGCACAUAAACCCAGCAGUGACCUUUGGUCUGUUUUUGGCCCGGAAAGUGUCUUUGAUCCGGGCAGUGAUGUACAUGGUGGCACAGUGUUUGGGAGCCAUCUGCGGCGUUGGUUUGGUCAAGGCAUUUCAGAAAUCAUACUACAAGAAGUACGGAGGUGGUGCCAACGAGCUGGCCGAUGGGAUCAGCACCGGCGUCGGGUUAGCUGCCGAAAUCAUCGGAACAUUCGUCCUUGUUUACACUGUUUUCUCCGCCACUGAUCCAAAGCGUAGUGCCAGAGAUUCUCAUGUCCCUGUAUUGGCACCUCUUCCAAUUGGAUUUGCAGUGUUCAUGGUUCAUCUGGCCACAAUUCCAAUCACCGGAACGGGCAUCAACCCAGCUAGGAGUCUUGGAGCCGCAGUAAUCUACGAUCAGGACAAGGCUUGGGACGAUCAUUGGAUAUUUUGGGUCGGGCCAUUUAUUGGUGCAGCUGUUGCAGCAUUCUACCACCAGUUUAUAUUGAGAGCUGGAGCAGUAAAAGCUCUUGGUUCAUUCAGGAGUAAUGCUUCUCAUCAUUGA